AUGCCUAAUUCGGAUGAUUCGCAAUCACCGACUGCUUCAAAUAUACGUAUUGAGAAAGCGGAGAGCGAGGAUGAAAAUGUUUCGAAUGAAGGGGCAACAAGCCUUCAUAGUGCAUCAAUAAAUGAGGAUGUAGAGGAGAACGGCAACCUUCCGAAUUAUACACGAGUACACGUUGAGAGUGCAUCAGAGGAUGAAGGAGAAGUAGGGGAGGUUGAGGAACCUUCUGCGUCUUCACAAAAUAGCCAAACUUCAGGAAAUUCCUGGGAGAUCCUUAGCGACGGCGAGAUCCCUCCCACGACUGUGCAUCCUGAUGACUCUGCGAGCCGAGCACCAAGUCAUCGUGGAGAGCCUGGAAAUGAAAGUAUAGAUUCCUUCGAGGACUUGAGACCUUAUGGAGGAUAUGGAUCACCGCCCCAAGCUGGAUAUUCGCCACAUUACGCGCCAUAUUACCCACCACUGCCACCGCCAAAUCAGUAUUAUCCUAAUAAUUUGAUGCAUGACCCUUAUUAUGCCCCUCCUAUCUAUCCGCCACAACAUCAAUUCGUGUAUUCUUUACCAAAUUCAAACAUACCAUUCCCUAACCAUUACCCUGAUACCUAUUCCCUAAUUCAUCCUCCUGGCCAGAGAAGGAAUACCUUGGCCACAAAUCCUUCCCCUCAUUUUUCUGGUCAUUCCCAACCACAUCGGCUUCGUUCAAAUUCGACCGCAAUCGAUAGUCGCUCUGGCAGAAACGUUCUAGAUGAUCAAUUUGACGACGAAGAACUUCCCGAGCAGCUUGACGGAGAUCAAGUUCACCCGCACAAUAAGAUACUACCUCGACAGGGUACGGGAGAGCUGGGCCGCUCUUACGGCAGUGGAAAGCGCGUUCGCUUCAAGGUAUUAUUGCGAUUGCAAAGCUUACCUUUGAUCGAUGAGGAGAAGGGAAUUGGCGAUCUAGGCUAUUCACCCUCAAGAUCGACCAAUUACAAUUCAAGAGUGCAUUUGCAUCAAGAUCUUUUUGAGAUUGUCCAAACUCGCUGGACCCCGAAUGAUGACGGCCAAGAAGAUGUUACGCUUACCCUCAAGGACGAUGCUCCGAGAGAAGAAGAAGCAAACGAUCAAGUGAUCAAGAUACCUGGUCUGAAGAGUACCGAAAUCGCCCUUGCGAGUCGUCUCCUUAACCGAGUGAGGCGAUAUGAACAGCGUUACAUACAUGGUAGAUUUCUUGAGCCAAUGACACUGAUCUAUGACGGUGAAGAUCCCUCCCAUGCAGUCGAACCGUUAAUCGGCACCGUCACUUUCAUUUGCUUUCCUUUCUUCGACUCUGACGACUUGCUGAAGCCUGAUGAUGGGUUUCAUGAUCACCAUGCUCAUCGCGUUCGAUCUCUGCUGCAGACACAAUCGCGUCUGGAGUCUACCUCGCAGCGCGAUGAAGAUCAAGUACUGAAGAAGUUGAAGAGCAAAAGCAGCUUGAAUGGCAUUCACUUACCACAGAUCUGGGCACUGAUCAUAAAUCAAAAACCUUGUGGAACAAGUUACUGGACCACAAUUCGUUCCUCCCCUUGGAGUGCCAUCCUCAUCAAGGAACAGCUGUUGAAUAACGGGGCACUGUACAAGCUUGUAGACAGAUCUGAUGGCGAAAUUGCGUAUGAGGAAUCUUGGCCAGAUAUGCUGCGCAGCAAGAAGAGUCAGUCUCUUUGUCUGGCUCUGCAAGAGAAGCCAAGGAUGAGUGCCCCAUUUGCGCCUUCGAUUCGUUCAACAGGUUCGAUGUCGGAAGAUGAGGAUUUGACAGAAGACAGCGAGUCGCUGAUGACUAUCUCUGUGGUACCUAGCGCGAUGAAGUCGCCACAUACAAACUAUCCACCUGUCGUUUUCCGGGCGCAUGAACCGUCACCAUUCCGACCAGCUUCCUUACACCCAUAUUCGGUAGGCCCCUUGCUACAGCAUCAACCCUUUGAGAAUCGACUCCAAGAAGUGCCUCAGCAACUUCCUCCAAAUGGAAUUGUGGGUCAGGAGCCUCAAAUUAGCACUCCGAGCUUAUAUGGACGCCCUUCAGUAUCAGCUCUCAAAAAAAAUGCCGAAAAUGAAGAAAUUCAAGCGCAACAACCGGUCGCUCCUCUGCAGAGCUCUAGUUCAAAAGGCAAACAAAAAUUGCAGAGAGAGCCUAAGUCCGUAUCAUUUGCCUUAGCUGGACAAGGGGAAUCGGAGAAUGCGCGGCCAAAUACUCAACGGCAGCUUAGUGAUCAUUCUUCUGAUCCAGCACAGCGAAUGCCACCCAUCCUACGAUCGCCCAAUAAAAACCCCGAUGUUCGAACACAAGAAAUGCCUCCUAUUCGACGGCCGCCGGAUGCAUAUUCCCAUGUUCAAACACAGCAGACCCAGCAACUAGCCAUGCGAAUGUAUCAGCCAUCAGCGCAGUACCAAAUGCCUCAAUACUCACCUCCUCCUCUGUAUCCAUGGCAAUAUGAGGCGCAAGCCUUUGCUCCAGGUUCUGCGUACUUAAGCCCUGGAUUUGGUCAAAGUUUGUCGCCGCCAUAUUCUAGCAUUGUCCCAGCAAGCGGUCAUUAUCCUUUCCGAAGAUAUCAGCUACCGACGCCAAAAAUGACGGAUUUAGCUUACAUACCCUCGCGAAAGUCUGUAUCCGCCUCUUUGCCUAAUCGAAACGAGUCUCACAGAGAAUCCGAUGCAAAAGCUAAUAAUCGAAGUCAAAUAUCAAGUACAUUUCUAGAUCAUCGCAACUCACAAUCAAAGCAUACUUCUUCAGAAAGCAACAAGGCAAGAUGUCAAAAAUGGAAAAGGAUUUGUGAUCAAGUCUUAGCCAGUCGCCGUGAGAUGGUCGAGUUUCCGGAGCCGCCGGACUGGCCCUGCCGCUUACAUGACAAGUACAAAAAAGGCCGGGCCCUUAAAGCUUGUGUAUGCAACCUCAGAGAAGUGUAUGAAAUUCUAGGCUACCAACCAAACACGUUGAGACAUGAACGUAUCCGUUGGCAUCCAGACCGAUUUCCCAUCGAGUUCCAGAGAAAAGCAGAGGAACUAUACAAGGAGCUCGAAAUAAUUAUUCCGAAUAUUCAAGAGCCACAAGCGAUUACAACUCCAGACCGAGUGAAAACCAUCGCGCUACCUGAAACGUCUAAUACAAUAUCAAAAGACACAAAUGAUGCCGUUAUGAAUCGUCCUGUCAAGGUUGACAGUCCCAUGUCUUCGGUUUCUGGGACUAUACUGAGCGAACAGCCGACGGGUGCUUUAGUACAUCAACCUUCAUUGUCUGUUGAUCUCAUUAAGGAAGACCAGUCAGCUUUGAGGAGCACAUCUGAGUCUCUGCUUACUGUAAAAGACAAUCAAAACACUGGGACAGAUGAACAAAGUUUCGAUGUGUUUCAGUACCUCGACGACAGCUGGAAAACAGAUUCUGAGCCUGAUACAUGGGAUAUCAAUUCUCACCUUGACACAUGGGAAGUUAAUUCUGAAGAAUCUGAUUUUCGCAAAUGGAACGUUCUACGGUAUCUUGACGACAGCUGGAAGACAGAGACUGACCCAAGCAUAAAGGAUACAGAGAUUGUAGGCAAUGGCGGCCUUCCAACGAGCGAACGAGAAGUUCAAAAUGAGAGUGACGACCGGCUUCUGUCAGGUGACCCCUCCCUUGAAAUCCUGACUAAUAAAGUAGGCGCUGCCGGACAACCUCGGCAACUCAGUAUGAAUGAGUCGGAUCGCAUCAUCGAGUCUGUCAAUACUCUACCUGACGACGUUCAACGCAGCUCAGCAACAAGCAGCUUCCAAGAGUCUGUGUUAAAUAUCAAAUCGGAUUUGCAAGCCACUGUUGAAGAUGCAUCGGACGAUGAGGAACUAGGCCCGAGGCACAAGAAAUCCAAGGAAGCUCAGCCCACUCACUUGAGCAAGAAAUCUCCCAAGUACAAGCGCAGACACAACUUUGACACCAUUGGUCCCGGCGAAUCUCGAGCAAAAGACUCAGUCCAUAGUGAAACCCCUUCCCAGGAGGGGAACCUAGAAUCUCACGAACGGCGGUCCGAGUAUUCGCCUACUGGGAGCCCCUUUACCCGAAUUGGGAGCGUAUUAUCAGACUUUGCCGAGACCUCUAAUGCCCAGAAAGAUCCGGGAAACGCGAUUUUCUUAUGGCCCACUGGUCAAUCAUCCCUUGACGCAGUGUCUCAAGAUGAUGCAGACUUGUCUGAUGAAAAUGAGUUCGAUCCAUACUCUCUGAUUUAUCGUGACUCCCAAGACCGUCCUUCAACCGGACGAAGGUCCGGCCAGUGGAGCAAGAACGAAAAGACCCUCAGAAUCGUUCUUGAUGAAUGCCAUGAGCGUCUUCAAAAUUCCAAACUCGGGGAAGAGUCAUCGGUCUAUAAAGCCGUAGCUGAGAAAGAUGAAGGCAAUGUUACUGAACUUGCAGGCCUUGUAAAAGAAACGGCUGACGAGAGCGAGGGCAAGGAACAACCCAAGUCGUUUGACGACGCGGCAGAAUUUAAGCUGCUACGUCAGAAAGAGGGCAUUUUCGUACUUGCUACCAGGUUGUUGCGGGCUUUUGUCCCUCAAGGAUAUGAAGUUGAAAUCCUGAAGAAGUAUUGGGGAGCUGUAUGGAAAGUCCUGAUCAUCGCAGAGGCAGCAAACGAUCUCAAUGACCUAGAAGCCCGUCUUUGGAGUUUCCUCAAGCUCAUCCAGAGCAUGCUGCUCGGGGUCCGGACUGUUGAUCGUCAGCAUAAAGUACAUUACCAGAUGCCAAGAGCCCUUCCAACUGCCUUCCGACAUCUAGUCAUGGUCUUUGUAACAGCCCAGGCUAGACUGAAGUCAAGAGGUAGACCGGAAAAUAUCAUGCACUGCCAAAUGUUCGAGAAGUCUUUGGCAGAGUGCGGACAAUGCCUACUGGAAGGUAGGAAUCAACUCAUUCUUAUGGUACAUACAGACGACUAUCGUGAGCGUGCUGGAUACGAAGCGAUCGACUCUACGGCAUUGCUGAGCACCAUGAUGCGUAACUUGAUGGAGAGAUCCCUCACGAAAGAUAAAUUGCAUAUAACGGAGCUUUACAGCGAGUACACGACAAAAAUUCAAUCACUCGUCCGUCACUCAGCAAGUGUCAGUGUAUACACAGAUAUAGAGCUACUGACCGAAGAACUUGACGCAAUCAAGAGUAUUCUAAGCCAGCAGACUGCAACGCUAAGUGAUUUCAAAUACGCUCUCCAAAGCUAUGAAGGCACUUCGGAGCUGGUAGAUGUUGUUCUCGACCGCAUGCUCACGCAGCUGAGGAUGCAAGGUGAAGAUUUCAAGGAACUAUCUCGCCAAGCUGAGCUUGCGAGACACAGGGCCGCUCAAUCUAUCUCGCUUAAGGCCGAAUCCAAUAACAAAGCCAUUUUAGUCUUCACUACUGUCACCAUCAUUUUCCUGCCUCUCUCCUUCGUGACGAGCUUUUUCGGCAUGAACACAGUCGACAUGCGCAACAUAAAUUCUAGCCAAGGGUUGUUUUGGGCCACUGGCUUGCCCCUGACACUCUUUGUAUUGGGCGCAGCUUGGGUCGUUGCAUACCACGGAGAGCUUGCAUCGCUUGGCCUGACUUUCAAAAGCAAGCCCUAG